AAUGCAUAGCAUAGCUUAAGUCAAAUAAGCGUAGUUCUUUCGGACUUAAUAUUGUUGUACGGUGUGUUUACAGCGUGUUUUCGAGGUUAUGUUAAAAUUUUCUGUACUUAAAAUUAAAUAGCAAUGAAAAUAUUGUGUGUAUUUUGGUUGUGUGCCUUUAUAGAGGUUUGUUUAGCGAAACAGCUUAAACAGGAACUGUGCAUGGACUUUUUUGACAGGGAUGCCUGUCAACAAAUUGGAAGAGAUCUUUACAUACAAUGUAGACCAGUUACCUCCAAGAUUGACUGUAUAUUGAAAGCUGGCCGAGGUGAACCAAUAUUGAGCAUUUUGUCUCCAGAAGAGGCUGUUCUAGGAGCAGCUUUGGCAACGUCGCAAGCUGUAGUAAUAGGCGAAGUAUCCGAAGCAACCUACGAAACAGUCGUGUUAUUGAGACGAGGACUCACUGGAUCCUUCGUAACGGGUGGUUUGAAAUACUGCCACCCUGGAUACGACCAUAACGAACAAGUUUCAAAGUACGUUUUGGAAGAAUUGGAAAGAAAAUCCAUAUCUUACAAUUGUACCAACGGAACUACUUUAUUAGAACAAAAAUUUCAAGCACUCGCCAACCAAUAUGGGUCAUCAUGUAGACCAGGAACAUGGACCGAGGACAAGAAUUUCGACACUGAACUUAAAAACAGAUACUCAUCUUUGUGUGAACUGUGUCCAAACGGAGAUUGUAACUUAGACCGUACAGUGUAUUUUACACCGUUCAAUGAUUCGUUGACCUGCUUGGUGAACGGUGGCGAUGUAGCAUUAACAACCGCCACAUACGCAAAUCAGUUUUUCACUGAUACCAACAAUACCCAGAACUUCCAGUAUUGGUGUCCCGAUGGUACACUCACUGAUACCCAAUGUGUUUGGACCAAUCAGACCCAAAGAGUACUCAUCAGUUCAGAAUCGAGUGCCUCUGCAUUGAGCGAGUAUGUUAGCAACUCACUUCCUCUAUAUGUGGGGUCAAGCGUUGACGCGGAUACUACUCUCCAACAAAGCUUGGCUCGCGUGUUGGGAUUAGGACCUGAGAACAGAAUAAAUCUUUUCACGCCUACCAGUUUGACACAAUAUGUUUCAAGUCGAAGGGAGAUACCGUCAGUAAACGGAUCGAUUCAAUGUGGUUUGACAGUAAACUGGUCUGUAACGAACGAAGCCGAACUGAACAAAUGUUGGUGGUUGCAACAGGCAUCUGUCAACACCGGUCUACAACCUGUCAUCGAUUGCGCACAAAGUUCUGACAGCGACACUGUAUCGAACAUGGACAAUAUCAGAAGCGGUGUUGGCGACAUUGCUUUCGUCGAUGCUGCUUAUGGCUACAUUGCUAGAAGGAAAGGCCUAACAAAUGUCGCUUAUCUAGAAACUGACCGUAGUCAGUUGUCCAGAAUUGUUCUAGUUGUUCGCAAUGACACCACAUGGUUCCAGGAAAAUUUUGCCAACUUGAGAAAUAGGCCGGUUUGUCUACCUGAAUAUGGUGGAAAAGAAUGGUUGGUUCUUAUCGACACUCUGAUUCAACGCAAUGCCAUUCAGCGCACUUGCGAUUACGGCGCCGCACUCAGCGACUUUGUUGGCGAUUCUUGCGCCCCAGGAGCAAAUGCCAAGGACCUGGAUAUUUCUUACACAAACAGCGACAAAUUUUGUGCCACUUGUGUCCCAGUCAGUGCCACAGGAACUGCCAAAUACUGUAAUGCUGACACUGGAAACAAAUAUUACGGAAGUGAAGGUGCUCUUCGAUGCUUGGCUGAUCUCAAUGGAGAUUAUGCUGUCAUUUCACUUAAUGAUUUGCCACCAAAUAACACAUUAUUAUACGACACAAAUUCGACAUACAGAGUGAUCGCUAGGAACGGGUCGAUGGUCAGCAUUGACAGAACCAUCACUGACGAGGAAACGCCGUUGGCUACCAUCACUGCUGGUGAAAUUCUGAUCAGAAGGGACAAUCCUAAAUACAAUGACGUCGUCCUUCUGCUCAGAAGCAUAGAAAAAGAAUUCGGUCAGAACUUGAACAAACCCUUCAAGGUGUUUGACAAGUUUGACAAUGUCAGCGAUUUACUGUUUCCGGACUCCACCCCUGGAAUAACUAUCAGUGGCGGCGGCAACAGAUACGUAGCGCGAUUCCAGGAACUCCUCAGGGACUCAGAGUCCUGCUCAACAACCCGACAACCUCACAGUGCCUCUCAAAGGAUCAUUCCUACAACGAUCUCUGCCAUACUAGUGUUCAUUUUAGUGAAGUUAUUCUUAUAAAUAAAUAUACCUACGCUUAAAGGGAAAAACUAUUAGUUAGGACUGUUUAAUUUAUAUUUUUAUAUAUUUUAUGCGUACUGUUUUUUGUGGUAUCUACUUAGGACAUUUAGCAUUUUUAGGAAAUAUAUAAAUGUAUAUAGUUAAAUGAAAUUUGCAAAAAUUGACACACCAUUAUGACAUUGACAUUUUUUUAUAGAUAUAUUUUCUAUGAAUAUAAUUCUCAACUUUAUGUAUUGUUCGCUGUACAAUAAAUGUAUCAAAUUACAUACUAUUUUUGUAUUACGUACAAAUAUUGAUAGCAAUAUAAAUAUAAAUAAAUAAGUUACCUUAAUUUAUGAAGUAUUGUUAAUGUAUAAAUAUACGUCCAUAACUAGACAUA